AUGAAAAAUGAUAUUAUAUUUUAUUUUAAUAAAUGCUAUGGUUACAACACUCAUAUCGAUGGAAAUUAUAUAACUAUAUAUUUACCAAGUUCAAAGAUGUACCAUAAAAAAAAUAAAAUAAAUACAUCUCUUUUUUUUAAAUUUAUUCUGUUUAUUCUUUUAGUUAUUAUAUUGCAGAGUUCUAAUACUUAUAUAUAUAGAUCUGCGAAAUGCAAGCACAACAUAGAGAGAACAAUUAAUUUAAUAUACAAAAGGAUCUUGUCACAAUGUAGUGAUGUAAAAUCAAAAAAAAGUGAAUCAAAAUUAAAUUUAUUAAAUAAUAAUGAACUGCAAAAUGGAAUGAAUGAAGAUUUACAAUCGAAUUUAAAUUGUAAUAAUUCAGAAUCAAAAAUUAAAACAGAAAACCCCGAAGUAAUAAUAUUUAUGCUAAAAGAAUAUGAAAAAAAAGAUAAAAAUGAUAAAAAAAAUAGUAAGAUGGUAAAAUGUUAUGAUUACACUUACAUUUUUAUGAUGAUUUUCCCUUUUUUACUUUUCAUAACAUUAUCUUCAAUCCUAAAUAUGGGAUAUUCAAUAGGUAUUUCAGAGAGUAGGUUACAAACUGGAUAUUUAUCGUACAUAAGCCUUUUAAGUUUACUUAGUGCAAUUAUGCUCAUAAGAAAAAAAAAAAAAAAAUAUAUAACAUUGAAAUAUAAAUAA